AUGAAAGGAUUAUACCUAAACGACGACGAGAUCAACGUCUUUACAGGAAUGUUUUCACUAUUAGACCCAGAUAGAUGCACAGAUGAAAUUUCAGCUUCUUUACAACUUCCUACCCUCAAUAAUUUUUUCCAGCCCUUGGUCAGCAUGAAGUCUACGAUGAAGCCAUCUAAGUCAGAUUUACUAAAGAAGAACAAGAAAAAGCAUAAAAAACUAAUGCGGGUGACGGCUUGCCCACAUGUUAACAAAAAGCAUUAUGCAAGAGGGAUGUGCAAUAUGUGCUAUCAUAGGUAUGGUAGGGAGUUCUUCGAAUGGAACUGCAGGAGGUCAAGAAAAGCCCUAAGCCAGCUAAAGAUCAACGUGCAUUAA